AUGAAAAUUUUUUUUUUAAAUAAUGGACCUCGAUAUUGCCCGUCAUUGGAAGCUAAAUGUUUGCGUUUUCCUGAAUUAAAGCAUAGAAUUUUCCUUGAACCAGAAGGUUUGGAUAGCGAGUUGGUUUACCCUCAAGGAUGCGCUCUAGGAUUUGAUUUGGAUGUUCAAGUUAAAAUAAUGAGGACAGUGGAAGGAUUGGAAAAUGUUGAAGUUACACAACCUGGUUAUUCUGUCCGUUACAAUUUUGUUCAUCCUCAACAACUCUUCCCAACCUUGGAAACCCAAAAAGUUUGUGGUCUCUUUUUGGCAGGACAAAUAAAUGGAACUACGGGGUAUGAAGAAGCUGCAGCCCAAGGUUUAAUCGCUGGAACAAACGCGGCAGAAAGAGCGGAAGCAAACAAAAAAGGAGAUAAGACGGCCUAUAAUCCUUUAAAGGUUUCAAGAACAGAGGCAUAUAUCGGUGUAAUGAUUGAUGAUUUGACUAAUUUUGGGGUAACUGAAGCUUAUAGAAUAUUUACUUCUCGGUCAGAAAAUCGGCUGGAGUUGAGGUUUUGUUAAUUUUUUUGGUAGUAAUGUCGUUUAUGUCCUCCACUCUUUUCAUAAUUCUCGAAAUUGUUCGACAAUUUUUUUGGUAAUAGUUGAACAAUGCUACAUGUCUCUAACUCCUUGCUACAUGUCUCCAACCUUUAUUGACUUUGAGCCCUCGACGUCUUGUCUGGUCCCCUCAUUUUUGACAUCCCAUACAUUGAAUUUAUUGUUACACAAGCACAGUUUUUCAUGUAAAUAUGAAGGAAUUUUUGGUG